AUGGCUCAAGCAGUCAAGAAGAGGAUCGUUGUCGCUGGUGGGAAUGGAUUUCUUGGGUCACGCAUCUGCAAGUCCGCAGUCGCCCGGGGUUGGGACGUUACCUCCAUAAGUCGUUCCGGAGAGCCAACGUGGUCAUCGGUCAGCUCAGAAACUUCUGCCCCGUCAUGGUCCCAGUCAGUCACCUGGGCCAAAGGUGACAUCCUAAAGCCUACUACCUACACACCGCAUCUCAAAGAUGCCGACGCGGUUGUACAUACGAUGGGUAUACUGCUGGAGGCAGACUACAAGGGCGUUUUGUCUGGGAAAGAGAGCGUGAUUUCCGGGCUGUCUAGAGCAUUCAGCGCCUCGAAGCAGGGUAGUCCCAACAACCCUCUCGACCGUCAGCCUGGUGGUGAGUUGGGCAAGGGAGAAAAAGACGGGCAGAUAACAUAUGAGCUCAUGAAUAGAGACUCUGCCAUUGCUCUUGCGCAAGAGGCUGAGACGGAAGGGGCGAACACAUUUGUCUAUAUCUCUGCUGCGGCGGGCGCACCCAUCCUACCGACCCGAUACAUUACAACCAAACGCGAGGCCGAAAACACGAUAGCCAAUGAAAUGAUCAAGCUGCGGAAUGUCUUCAUCAGGCCAGGCUUUCUCUACGACAAUAGUCGCAAGUUCACUCUGCCUAUUGCAGCCUCGGGCAUGGUUGGGAGCACAGUCAAUAGUCUUGUAGGAGGUAGCCUGACUAGGGUCUUUGGCGCUGCCGUGGAAAAGCCGUUGAAAGCGGACUUGGUGGCUGAUGCUGUUGUGGAAGCCAUCGCGGAUGACUCGACCAAGGGCGUGGUGGACACAGCACUUAUAGAAGCACUGGCUGCAAAAGCAUGGCGUCGAACAAUGCUUUGA